GAGUCAGCUAUUGAAGAGGCAAAACUGAGGAAAAGCAACCUCACCAUCUGCUGGUUAGAUCUUGCAAUUGCCUUCAGUUUGCUCCCCCACGAUUUUCUCCACCAGCUCUCCGCGUCCCUCCCGAUUCACUGAACUCCGCGACAUACUCUCUGACAUCUAUACCGACAGCAUCUUUCAGUUUGUGGUUGACAGAGAACUAGUCACUGUUCAUCCCACUUCUGGUGUCCGUCAGGGCGAUGGACUCUUGAAAGCCUCGCUGCGCUAAGUCUCCUUCCAACUCUGGUUUUCCUCCUUUUCUGCGCCGUGCUGAAAGCCACCGCCUAUGCAGACGACGUUUCUCUCAUCGGCACUACUCCUGAAUAACUCAAGUCCAUUCUUGACGCUAUUAUGGCGGCUAAUUUUGGACUCCGAUUCAACGUAUGGUACAAUGCUGCUUACAUGAAAACGUACAGGAAAUUGUUCAACGCCAGGAAAGUUGAAGCAUAUAAGUUUAUGCCGACUAUUCCAUCAACAAUUUCCAACCGAAACAUUAAAUGUGUCGUUAAUGGGAAUGUAAGCAUCACAGUUAACAACCAUCAAAUCUCAUCUGAUGUUCCUGAUGGGGUUGUAUUCACGUCAAGCGACGUCAGAUACAAGAAUCGACCCUUAGAAGGAUAUGUUGCCAACUUCCAAGGAAACCAACCGCUAAUAUCAUACUUCAAUGAUUGGUCUGACCAAGGAUCACCAUCUGCUGCCCCAGUUGUUCUUGAUGGUGGUCACUCAUGGUGUAAACGGAGGCCCCGGCGUGGAGGAUACCCCGCUUGUUCUUGA